AUGAGUGACGAAGGCACGUCGGAUACACCUUCCCUCUACCAGGCCGUCCUCGCGGCCCUAUCUGAUCCUGCGCAUCGCAAAUACGUUGAAAAACUGAAAACAGACCGGUUCGAAGCGUCCAAGAAACGAGCGAUAACGUUGCAGGAGAUGGCAGAGUUGAAGAAUCUGCAUGCCAGAUUGGACGGUAAUGGCAAUCCGACUGCCGCGGUGUCUGACGUGGGCUCAACUGCCCUCAUGCCCGUUCAAGAGGGGCAAGGACAGGCUGACAGGCGUGCUGGACCGCCUUCGGCUGCGCCUCCAGGCAGAGCCCGAGCAGCAGAGCCGGACAGGACAUCUCAACGCCAGUCCAUCUCGGCGGAGCGCCAGGCGGAAGUCGUAGAUCUAUCUCAGGACAGUGACGAAGAAACUCGCGUGCCGCGGCUUAAUGCUGAGGCAGGCGCGAGUUCGUCGACCUCUAUCGCGCGACGGUCGCCGCGAAACACCCCGACUGCUGUCCCAGCGUCAUCCGCAAUGGGAAGCCUUCGUGUCCAAAACUCGAAGCGACCCGCGAACCAGAUGAAUGGUGUGGAGACCCCGCAAGGAGCGAAGCGUGCAAAGACAUCCGCGCCUCAAGCUAGCUAUAUGCAUCCUCUGCUCCAGGCUCUGGUCGAUGCUGUCCCGGCUUCGCUCAAUCAACGCGUGGCACACAUGCAACCCAUCGUACCAACACGUAUACCGCCACAGAAACUACCGAGCGCCGCCCAUCCCAUGACGGGCUGGGUCAAACGAAAGCCCGUGUUUGUGGACAAGUAUGGCGCUGCGCAACAGAGUUUGGUCACCAAGCUUCGCAUCCUACCCAGUCAAUUGGUCGACGACGCUGCCGCAGUGGCUCUUCGCAACGAAAGACGCAUCAACCAUAAGGCGUUAUUCGCCAAGUUGGACCUUAACCCGGGAUUGCCUACCUUUCCUGGAAAACCCGGGACACUUAUCACCAGCCGCGAUGAUGUUCCGCUCGAGCAGCCCCUUCUCGUGGUCGUGAAACCAACGAGGGACGCUUCCUGGCUCUACGUGGGCCUCUAUAAGUUGCACAAACACGAUCGAUCUGUUACGGCCCAAGAGUGGAAGGAAAUGCCUAAAGCGGUGUGUCUCUUGACGCGAAACGGAUGGGCCAGAAUGCUGGCCGGCCCCGAACGCCCAACACACGAUUGCUAUUUCCGCAUCGCCCUCCGGCUCGCUCUUUCUCACAGCGCGGGAAGUCAAGUUCCUGAGGCAAAGGUGGAAGAAGCGUUCAACUUGUACAACCGCUCGCGUGAGAGCGAGCAGAAAAAGAUGUUACCUUCGCAGCAACAGGUCCUCGAGGGUUUGGAACGAGGCUAUGACACCAUCGGAGUGCUGACGCUCGAACCCAUCGCUAUCGGCGAAAGGCUGUACGAGGAGAUAUGGGAUGCGCGAUCGACUGCCUGA